UUCCCUGCUGGUCCAUCCUCCCUCUGCCUCGGGACCCCAGAGGGAGAAGCGGCCGCCGUCGACCUGCUGGUAGCCGUGCCAUCUCCGGUGGUUCCCAAUCUCCGCCCCCGCCGAGAAGCACUCCGGGCACAGCUCGAUGUCGGGGCAGUCGGUGCAGCGGAGCCGCAGACAACCUAUAUUUGAAAGUCUGGCAUUCACAGAUUCAACAACACGUACAGGUUGUUUCUCCUGCAGUGAAAGAUGGACAGAGAGUCAGACCAUGGAGAACACGAGGUGAAGACCCCAGAAGACAAUAAUAAUCUCACUUCUUCUACUAAUGGGAAAGAAGGGGUCCCAGCGGUUAUGGAGGCCUCACAUCAUGGAGAGGAAAACUCUUCAGCUCCUGUUGAAGCCUCCUCCUCUGAGAGCGGAGAUCCGCUCCCUUCCACCGACAGCCUCACAACAAGUAAACACCUGCAUGAGGACAGUGAACGGCCAGUGUCCCAGGUUGAGUUUGACAUCAGUGAUGGCGAUGGACGUCCCAUGCUGCACCUUGAGACCUCGGAGAGCGAGGGGACUACGAGUCCUGCGCAGGAGGAAGAGAAGGAGGCUGAAGAAGAGGAGAUCGCUGCUGCCAGCCCCGACCCUACACAAAGUGAAGGCGUCAUCAGUGAGGAGGACGAGCAGCUUCUGUGGAGGGAGCAGUGUGAAGAGAGAGAUAAAGCCCUCAAACACAACAGCCAGCUGAAGAUGAAGCUGGCCAAGUACCUCAGCAAGAAGUCCAGAGACACUGUCCAGCUGGAGACACUUGGCUCAGGACAACUGCAGGAGUAUGGGAAGUCCAACAUCCUGACUGACAUGAAACAGCAGCUCGCCUCUGACUUAGAGGUGGCCCAACAGGAGGCAGAGGAGCUGAGGUUACAGUCCCAGGAGAAGUCAGACAAGGUGGAGAAGGAAUGGAAAGAGUUUGUGGCACUGAAGCAGGAUGUAGCUGUGACAGUGCUAAGCCAAUACCUGGGUAAACGAACAGCUCAGACCAAAGUGGAAUCAACGCUGGCAUCAGAGCAGCAUAAGCAGGACAAGCUGAUCAAGCUGUGGGUGAUUUGCAUGAAGCUGAAGAUGAGGAUCCACAGACUGGAAGCAGAGCUCCGAGGGGUCGAGGAUCAGCGCAAGGACCCUGUGCAGCUCUUGAUUGGACAGUUGCAUGCUGCAAGGCUGGAGCAUAAAAAACUCGUCGAAAGGCAAAAUGAGGAAUCGAUAAGGCUUCAGAACAGGAUCCGCAGCAGCUUGGAGGUCCUGUCAAACGUAAAGGAGAAGCUGUUCUGGAGUCAGAGGGAGGUCCAGGCCAAGCGAGAGCAGCUGGCAGAGGUGGAGGCCAUUGUUGCGAGGAAGAGAGAAGUCCUGACCACGAUCAAGAAUGAACUUAAAAGUCUGCAGAGGGACAUCCAGAGGCUGAAGGAGAGCCAAGGCAUACUGGGGAACAGGCUCCUGCUGCGGGACUUCGAGGACACUGUGAAUGCCUGUGACCACCUGGAGGAACAGCUGGAGAAUCUGAAGCGCCGCAUAUCUGAGCUGCUGGAUAAGAUGGAACAAGAACCUGCAGGCACCUUAUGACAUGAAGGAACAAAAGGCUGACACAGUAUGGAUCUGAAAAACACCAACACACAAGUUUCAGGCCUUAAAAUUCCUAGUUUUAUCCCAUUUAGUGCCUCGAUGUAGAAAAUGACCAAUUCUGUGUUUUGGACAGGUCACGUCCUCUAAAAUAUCUGUAAGCCAAGUCAGGACAAGAGCAUGAUCACUUGAUUGACUGUGAUAGUAUCAAAGGAAUGGUUUGACAUUUAUAGACUCACAUUUAGUAGCUUUUUAGCAAAGAGUUAGAUAGGAAGAUGGAUAGCACUCUCAUGUCUGUGUGGGAAGCAUGAGGCUGGAGACUUCCAGACUGCAAAAACUCACGUGAAAGCCAUCUCACCGUCAGAACAACUCGGACGGUUGGCUCCAUCACUUAUAAACCAUUUAAUUUACAAUCAACUCUUAACAGUAGCUUGAAUGAAGAUGACAACAUGACUUAUUUUUGGACCAAAUGAAAAUUUACAUGUCAAAAUAAGAUGUUCUUAAAGAUGGUUUCUGUUUAUUUAGGUAGUUCUUAUCACACUGAUGUUUGUUCGAGUGUUCACGUUUCUGAUAAGUGUGAGUUUGGUAUUUGAUUUUGGAAUAAAGACGAGGUGAAACUGA